AUGCACUCCCCUUCGCAUCCGAACAGAGCCGUGUCUCCCCCCGGUCCCGAAACAGCCAUUCGCAACCCAUUAAGGCCGUCCUCGCUAAAGGCUUCCUCGGAAAACGCGUUCCCCGGCCCCAUUGCUUCCCCCUCAGGUAGACCGUCCGAUUCCGUCUUAGCCGAUCUCUCCUCCGCAAUUGCUCUCUGCAAUCGCAUCGUCCAUCUAUCAGGCCCUUACCCUACCUCUACUUCCCCUCACCGGCACUCCGCAUCCCUCCCAAGCUCCCCCUCCGCCUCCCCUUUCCGCGCGACAGGUCCCCCGCUACCUCCCAUCCGGAACGCCGCCCUCCGUAUAGCUGCCGAGCGUGUUUCGAAACGAACCAAGCAGCUCCUGCCGAUCCUGAUUCAACUGCAAGGCCCGGCAGCCGCGAACCUCAUUUCCGAUCCUCGUGCGUCAUUUAUCAUCCAACGGCUAGUUCCACCGUUUUCAGGCGCACUCAGAGUGUUGGAGGGAGGAGCUCACUGGACGGGGGGGAAGUUGGCGGAGGAGGCGGCACAGGUGAGGGCGGAACAGGAGGGGGCGGAAGAGGGGAAGGCGGAGAUGGAAGGGGAGCAAUACGAGGGGGAGCCCAACAGCCGCACUCACAGCAGCACCAAGGCCUCCACUCCCGCCCUAGCAACCGCCCACCCAGGGAUUCUCCCCCCUCGCUCCCCCCCUACCCCUCUCACCACCUCCGACCCGCCAACCCCCCCACACCAGCCCACCCACCUUCCCCACUCAGGCGCCUCUUCCCCUCGUAGUUCCACCGCCACUGGCACUUCUGUCUUUUCUGCCGGCCCGGCUGCCGCCCGCCAGCUGGUCGUCUCACUCUCCCGGGGAUCCGCGCUGGAGAAACGGACGGCGCUGAGGGCGCUUUUGGAGCUAUCUGAGUCGUCGGAUGCAGGGAAACUGCACGUGACUGCAGCAGGGGUGGUCCCUGUGAUUGCUGUGCUGCUCAAUCAUCCAGACCUGGGAGCCAGCUUCAGCAGCAGCAGCUUCGGAAGCAGCGGGGGGGCAGCGGGUAUAGGUGGUGCAGGUGGUCCUGGUAGCGCAAGCAGGACUGGGAGUGGUACUACCAGGAGUGCUAGAACGUCGAGCAUAGGUGAGGAGCUUAAGUUGGUCUCUCUGCGACUGCUCCUAUCGCUCGUUUCUCUCGACGAGAACCGAGCAGUAGUGGUGAAGGCUGGGUGCGUCGCGAUCCUAGUCAGCAUCCUCCGAACCGGAUCGCCGGACCUGCGCGCCGUGGCUGCGCGGGUGCUUUGGAAGGUGGCAGUAGGUGGAGGGGGAGGGGGAGGGGGAGGGGGCAGUGGCGAUAACUCCAGGGCGGCAAUUGCUGCGAGUGAGGCGAUUCCGUCGCUGGUGGCGAUUCUGCAGUCGCAGACAGACGCUGCCGUGAAGCAGGAUGCUGCUGACGCGAUUGCUCACCUCACAGCCAACAACGAGAAGAACCAGGUGAGGGCGAGAGAGGGGCGGGUAGUGGUUAAGGGUUUGGGCAAUGUGCAGAGUGCUGACGUGAUUGCACACCUCACAGCCAAAAGAACCAGGUGA